AACGAAGUGGGGAGGGGAAGUUCGUAUUUUCCUUUUUUCUUUUUCAGUUUCUCUCUUCACAAACAGAGCGAUUGUGGUUUUGUAAAACCCUGGGAAGAGCGAUUAGGGUUUGUUGAUUUCUCCGUGUUCACAACAGAAGUCUGCGAAAUUUGUGGUUCAAAAUGACUCACAGAAGAAGGGAGAAAUACGACUCCGCUGAUUCGGAGCUGGAAGAUUACAAGUACGAAUACUAUAAGGAUUUGAGAGAUGGAAGGUUCAGAGUGAAAGUUUCAGAGAAGAUCUUUCGAUGUCCUUAUUGUAGGAAGGACUAUGAUGACUACAAAGAGCUAGUCCGACAUGCCUCUCGCAUUGGCAGAGAUUCCAGGAGUGCGGGAUUCAAAGAUAGAGCCAGACAUUUGGGGUUAGUGAAGUAUUUGGAGAAGCAUAUAGACGUGAAGGGUACAAGAUCAACUGGUACAAGAUCAACUGAGCCGGCGGCGGAAAAGCAUAUUCACGGAGAGAGUAACUCAUCACGAUCUUUCAGGAGAACCACGGCAUUGGUGGAUGGGUAUAAAUCUCAGAGGAAUAUGGACGUGAAAGGUACACAAUCAACUGAACCAGUGGAAAAGCAUAUUGAUGGAGAGAGUAAGUUAUCACAAUCUUCCAGGAGAACCACUGCAUUGGUGGAUGGGUAUAACUCUCGGAAGAGUACGUUGUUCUCACCCCCCUUGAGUACUUUUGAACCUGUGAAAGGUUAUACAGAUGCUAAGAGUGUACCACAGUCUGUCACGGGAACUACUGAACUGGUGGAGAGGCAUAUAGAUGCAUCCCAAUCCACCACAAAAACUGUGAAGUAUUCUAAACACAAAGCUACCGAAGAGUUUUUUGUUUGGCCAUGGAUGGCCAUUGUGGCGAACAUUCCGGUAACAAAUAAGGAAGGUCAGUAUGUGGGUGACUGUGGUAAAAAGCUAAGAGAAGAGUGGAUCAACCAAGGGUAUAACCCUGUGAAGGUUCAUCCUUUGUGGAGCUACCAGGGACAUUCAGGGUUUGCUAUAGUUGAGUUUAACAAAGAUUGGGCUGGAUUCAAGAAUGCAAUGACAUUUGAAAAGUCAUUUGAAGUGAAAAAUCAAGGGAAGAUGGAUUAUUAUGCAGCAAGGCAUAAAGGAGAUAAUUUGUAUGGUUGGAUUGCUCGACAGGAAGAGUACCAUUUAAAGGGUCUUAUUGGUGAAUAUCUCCGUAAGAAAGGAGAUCUAAAGACUGUUUCGGAUGUUGAAACAGAAGAUAGAAGGAAAGAUGUAAAGCUUGUCUCCAACUUAACUAAUCAGCUUGAGGAUAAGAAUAGGCAAUGUGAAGAGAUGAAGAGUGAAAUAAGUAGGACUGAAGUUUAUAUGGGUAAUGUGAUGAGGCAGAAGGAAGUGAUGAUUCAAGAUUAUAAUGAAGAGAUGAAUAAGUUGCAGAAGAGUGCCUGCGAUCAACUUCAAAAAACUUUCAAUGAUCUUGAGAGGAGUAAAGCACAAUUGGAAGCUCAGAAGGAAGAGCUUCAGCUGCGUGAGAAAGAACUGCGAGAACGUUGGGCUCUAAACGAGAAUGAGAAGAGGAAGCUUGAUCAUGAGAAGAUUAUGAAUGAGCAGGCAAUUUUAGAGCAAAAGAGGGCUGAUAAGAAAAUGUGGGAGUUGGCAGAAGAUCAAAAGAAGCAAAAGCAAGAGCUUCAUAAAAGAAUUAUUGAACUGCAAAAGAAACUUGAUGCUAAGCAAAGGUUGGAGUUGGAAAUAGUGCGCAUGAGGGGAGCUAUACAAGUAAUGAAACACAUGGACGAUGAUGGAGAUAUGGAAGUUAAGAGGAAGAUGGAGUCAAUUGAAAAUGAUCUUAAAGAGAAGGAAGAGGAACUCGAGGAUCUAGAAGCACUAAAUCAAGCUCUCAUUGUCAAGGAGCGGAAAAGCAAUGAUGAGUUGCAGGAAGCUCGUAAAGAGCUUGUUAAUGGUCUGAAAGAACAGUCAAAUAGCCGUUCUUUGAUUGGCGUCAAGAGAAUGGGAGAGCUUGAUGAAAAGCCAUUCUACACUGCAGCCAAGACAAAACAUUCCGAUGAAGAGGCAUUGGAAAAAGCAGUGGAAUUGUGUUCCCUGUGGGAGGAUUAUCUCAGGGAUCCAAGCUGGCAUCCUUACAAAAUCAUCACGGUUAAAGAAGGUUCUAAGGAUGUUGUUCAGGAAAUAAUUGAUGAAGAGGAUGAAAAGUUGAAAAGUCUAAAGAAUGACCACGGUAAUGAAGUGUAUGAGGCCGUGACAACGGCCUUGGAUGAGAUGAACCAAUACAACCCCAGUGGUAGAUACCCUCUCCCAGAGCUAUGGAAUAAUAAAGAAGGAAGGAAAGCAUCACUGAAAGAGGGAGCAGUGUAUAUACUGAGGCAGUGGAAAUUGCGCAAAAGGAAAAGAAACUGAAAGUUGUGCUGUGAGCUUCAAAUAUAGAGUAUUGACAUGAUUUACAGCUUGAUUUAGCGAACAUUUGGAACUGCAUUUGUAGAUGAGUGCAGGAUUAUCCAAUGUAAGUGAAAUGGAGAACAUUUGAACCUCUUUUAUUGAAGCUUUGUUGCGUGAGGUAGUGUUUGAUGUACAUCAGUACAUGUUUUAAUGGUGGCAUAAUUGAUCAUGUGCGCAUCAAUGCAUGUUUCAUCUGAUAAUCAAAGAAUACAAUUGAGACGAUUUUCUUUGUUCCCAAUAGGAAUGCUCCCAAUUGUUCACUGAGAACAUUGACCCCAAUUUCUUGAACUUACCACAGAUUAGUG